AUGCUAUGGUUCUCACGUAGACCGCAGGCAACCCAAGAAGCUUUGGUAUGUCCUCAGGCUCUAAAGACCCCACCAUUCUUAACGUUUGCUGACGAUGACCUGCACAAUCGCUAUGCAUGGGCAACCUUGGAGUACAACUACCCAAUCGCGCACUAUGUAAAUUGCCAGGAACUGCUAUACGAUAUCUUCUUCCGUGGUCAUGAUUCUACAAUAGUAAUGGUCGGCCCUGGAUUCGCAUCGAAUCUACGCAUCCUCAGAAACACUACCUUCCUUGUCGAUGGUGAAUCUGCCACAUUCGAACUACAAAGUAACGCCUUCCAUCAUUAUAAUGCAUAUCUAGUAGUAUCUGGACUCGCUGCAAAGGGAUCCGUACGGGUAGAAGCACCAGACAUUGGCUUCAAAGCAACGCUGACGAAAACUAGACCACUAUCAGGCUUGAGGGUAGCAGCACAAACUAUAUAUAAAGGAGACGAAGAUUUGCUGCCGAUGUGGAUUGCAUAUCAUCAUCAAAUAGGGUUUGACGCAUUCUUUCUCUAUAAGAAUGACGAGACACCAACAAAUAUCACAACAAUACUAACAAAACUAGUCCAAGAUAUCAAAAAGCCCAUAACAAUUAUAAUCUGGUCAUGGCCAUAUCCAUACUUCCAACCAUUUGAGCUCGGUAUAGUCAAUUCCGGUCAAGUCACCGCUCAGAAUCAUGCAAUACAACGUUACAAGUAUGAUGUAUCCUGGUUGCUGUUAAACGAUAAUGACGAGUAUCUAGUGCCACGGCAGCACUCAACUGUAAAUGAAUGGCUAAAAACAGUACCGGAAAAGUUUGCAGCUGUUAGUUUAGAAACGGUCUGGUUUGGCUGUCCACCACCAGGCACCGAAUAUAAUAACGAUAAUUUCAUUCAGCAUCUGACGCUCCGGAAGGAUGAAAGCGAGGGUCGCUGGUUUAGAAUGAAGGUUAUAAUUAGGCCUACUGUAGCGCAUUUGGUCAUUACUCAUAUUGUGGUGGAUUCAGAUGGGCUGCUACUAUAUAUGGAUCCCAAUAUUGCAUGGCUCAAUCAUUACCGUACAAUCACACGUGUAUCAGAUCGCUCAGGGUGCAGAGAUGCAGAGAAUGUCGAGGAUACGCGCAUAGUGCAUCUCUUUAAGUCAAAGAAUUUGUAUGGAAAUAUCAUUGAUUAA